UGCUGUCUCGCCUCCCAGCCACACGCCGUACGUGUUCCAACGAGGCCGCACGACGAAGCGACACGCCGGCCGGCCGCGGCCGCCGAGGCGCCACACAUAUAUAACAGCCAUGGGAGGCCCUUCUCGCUGCUGCCAUCAGUAGCCCGCCGGCGUUCAAAGCUAGCACAUUGCUUGCUUGCAUCUCUUCAAUAGUUCAUCCUCGAUUCCUCGGGAAACGAAGGCAUGCGAGGCCCUAGCGCCGCGGGCAAAGGCGCCGUGGCCUCCUUCAAGGGAGACCUGCUCAGGAACCUGCUGCGGGGCCUCCGGGCGCGCUCCUUCGACGCCAUGAGCCUCCAGGAGCGGAAGCGCGCCGUCAAGUGCUCCGCCGACGUGGCCAUGGCAAAGGCGCGCGGCGCGGCAGCCGGCGGCGCCCGCGCGAGGUGGCCAAAGGCCGUCCUGGCGGCGGCGGCGGCGGCGGCCGCUGCCUCGUCCAGUUCCAGCCCCGCCGCCACAUGCGAGGCGAGGAGGAGCAGGUUCGAGAGGGUGGUCGUCAGGAGAUGCGUCGGCGCGAAGAGGGUGAGGAGAGGAUGCUACGCUGCUGCAAAGAAUGCGGCGGCGGCGGCGAGCAGCGACGUCGCGAGGAGGCUGGUGAGGAGGCGGACCAUGGCGCUCAGGAAGGUGAUUCCCGGAGGGGACGCCGCCAGGGACGAGGCCGCGCUGCUCCGCGAGGCCGUGGACUACGUCGUCCACCUGCGCGCCCAGGUCGACGUGCUCCGCCGCGUCUCGGCGGCGGCGGCGGCCGUGCAGCGAUCCGCCAUCCUCCGGGAUCCUACUCAGAGUAUGGGACAAUCGUAGUGGCUGUUCUUGCUUCAGAAGAUCGAGAUUGGAAAGAAGAUCAUGGCGUCAUCUGACGGUGAUCGGAAGGCAGAUCUUAGACUUCGUGCUAGUGGUCACGAAUUGAUCAGGAGCUUGUCUUGCUCCAUUAUUGGGAGAUGAGUGUGGGGGCUGUAAGCUAGCAGCUGGACAGCUACUGUUGUACGUGGAGGAAAGGGACAUGCUAUUAUAGACCAACAGAGAAAUUGGCGCCAAUUUAGUCUCACUUGUGGCCGCUCAUUGCCCCAAAAAAAUGGUAAAAAAAACAGAGAGGAAAACACACUGAAAUAUGAUUGACCAGUGGCUAAUCUUUGCCUGAAUCCUCUGUUCCUCCAUGCAUAUGUGGUUUACGCUGAAGUUCAGUUAUUUUCAGCACUGUUGAUCAGCAAUGUUGGUUUUACA